GUGGUCGCGGUCGGUCGUGCGCUGCGAUGCGGCCUCACCGCGCAUUUGCGAUGUUGUUCGGACAAGUUGCUGGAUGAAUAGACGAGUGUUGUGUCAGUGGUUGGAUGUUGGCGACUGUUUUAGCGGGUUCUUGCUGGCUUCGGAGAAAAUGUUGCGGAUGCAUCAACUUUUGGUUUUGGCGCUGGCGGUUGGUGGAUCGGCGGGGGCCGCGGCCUGCGGGGGGCACCUGCAGGGCCCGCACGGCGUCAUACAGACGCCCAACUUCCCCGACGCCUUCCCCGUGCCCAUCCGCUGCAAGUGGGUCAUCUCGCACGCCACGCCCAACGGCACCAUCUCCAUCUACUUCACGCAGCAGUACACCACUACUGGACUCACCUUUACGGAGUACAUGUACUACGAUGACUCGUACAAACUCGGCGAGCGGAAAGCGUUUACUGUGACUGAAGAGAACAUCACUAAAGUGAAGCGUAUACAGGUGCAGAGUCCAGUGCUAGUGGUAGAGCUAGCGCUAGAUGCGCUCGAGGGUUCAGCACUUCGAGCGCUGCGCCUGCUGACUGUGUUCGGCUUCAACAUGACAUAUGCCGUGACGUCACCAGCGAGCAAGGAGGUCCAGUCCUGCAGCGCGCUCGACUGCCGCCUCCUUGGGCAUUGCUAUGCAGCCAGUGACUAUCAGGGGUUUUUCUGCUCGUGUUUCGAGGGGUACUCCGGGGCGGACUGCGGCGCGGGCCCCGCCUGCCGCGACGCCGGCCUGUGUCGACAUGGAGGCACCUGCAGGCAGAUGGGCCCCGAGGCGGUGAGCUGCGUGUGCGCGCCCGGGUACGCGGGAGACUUCUGUGAGACUCUGCUCUAUACUCCAGUAUGCAGUACAGAAGAGUGCUCACCAGGUUGUGUUAACAAAUCAUCCUGUAGCUGCAACUCGGGAAACAGCGAAACCUCUCUGGCGAGGUAUGAAGUAGAGCUUCAAGUAAUUAAUGAGGCUGCAAAAAACAUAUCUAGAGAUAUUUCUAAUCAGAUUACUGAAUAUUUGAAGGCCUCCGACAUAGAAUUAGAUGAAGAAGUUGAAAUAUUAAAUAUAAGUUCGCCAGACAGUGCGGGCACGCGGGCGGUGCGCGUGCGCAUGUGGGCGGAACAGGCGGCGGCGGACUCACUCCAGGCGGCUCUCUCGUUCUACUCCGCCGCCCCCCGCGCCCGCGUGCUGCCCGCCACGCUGCAUGUUGACAUGCAGCCUGCGCUUAGCUUCUUGACUUUAACGCUAAACCAGCGUAGAGAAAUAUGGGAAGGAUCUGAAUUCGUCCUCACCUGCACCGCUUAUGGCUCUUUAGAUGUCAACUUCACAUGGUACAAGGACGGCGUCAAAAUCAACUUUAAUGGUACCUCGAGGAACAUUUGGACCAAAACGCUGAUAGAAGACGAGACGGGCCACGUGACGUCGAUCCUGCAGGUGUCACCGGCGGAGCACGUGGACAACGGGCGGUGGUCGUGUGCGGCUGACGACGUGGGCCGGCGCCGAUGCCGGGCGCUCUGGCUCACCGUGCUGAGGCCCCCGGACAUCAGGCUCAUACCUUCCGCUUUGACUGUUAACAAAGGAGACAAUGUUAGCAUAAUGUGCCUAACAGACGCCAGGAAAGACCAUGGCACAUUAGGAUUCAGCUGGGCUAGAGACAGGACGUUGUUCCGCCUGUCCCCCGGCCGCGAGGUUUGGGAAGACCUGUAUCCGGCCGGAAGUGUCCUCAAACUCUAUAAUGUUCAAAAAUCAGGGGAGUAUCGGUGUCAGGUCACAUCGAUAGCUGGAACGAACUCGAAGGCUGUGACGCUCUGGGCUUUGUCACCGCAAGAUGAAUUUUGUGAAGCUGAAAUAUCUCACGGACAUAACUGGCUUAGAACUGCUCCAGGUGCGCUUGCAGUCGCACAAUGCCCCAAAGGAUACAGUGGCCAAAUCACCAGAUUUUGUGAGCCAAAGACCAAUCAACAUGGUUUGAAGUGGAGGUUACCAGAUUUUUCCCAGUGUGAUGCUGAUUCAUUGAAAGGCAUUAUGGAUGAGUUCAAGUUGAUAUCCCGUGGAUACUCAUUAAAACGCGUGGUUAAUGUCACUCGAAGAUACGAGAAUGCUCUCCUUGCCCUGACCAUCCAUCCUGGAGAAGGAGCCGUAGUUCUUCAUCACACCGUACAGAUGUUGCAAUAUCUUUUAUCUAAAGCAGCUAGGGGUAGUGACAAAUCUGGAAGCGUUGAGUAUUUAUUGAGGAUCUAUGACACGCUAUUAAAAUAUCCAGAUACAUUCUUGGACGAAGAAAAAGUCUACGAACUUCAGAACUCAAUAGUCCAAACAGCAGGAAUGAAAGAGAAUCUGGAACUGACCCUGCAAGAGUUCUUGGUCAUUUCAAAGCCUGCUCGAGACUACAACGUCGCAGUGUUCAAGCUGAACCCAAGUUUUUCUGCAAAUGAGAACUGGUUAGUCACGUCUGUGGCAGUAGAGAUGGUCAGAAGCACUCGGCAAGCCACCGUGGUGGCUGCAAGAUACAACAAUUUAGCUGCAAGAUUGCCAUCGUUAAAAUCUUCAAUAGACUUCGUGGAGAGCACAGAAAUGGAAUACUUGAUAGCGUCCCAACAUAUACAGCUGUCAGCCAGCGGUGAGGAAGUCAAUCCUACACUUCCUCAUACUGUUACCCUAAUCUUCUCUCAUAUCCACAAUUAUUCUGGAAUAGCCUCUAAACUGGCAUGUGGCCAAAGGUCUUCAUCCGAGCCAAGACGAUGGAGUACUAAAGCCUGUGAGGUGCGAAUACCUGAAUCCGCCAGUGUCGCUUGUCAAUGUCAAGGACUUGGUACAUUUGCCCUCUUCACGGUCGCCAGGUCUACUUUAACUCACACAGAGAAAGAUCUAAGAGGAGUAGUCAAGGUCACAGUUGGAAUUAGUGGCGCGUUGUGCCUUGCGGUCACGGCUCUUCAAAUGGUUGGUCUACUCCCGAACCGCAAGGACAGGCUUCCAGUAUUGCUGAAGGCAGCUACUGCCGGCACACAUUCCGCGGCUAUGUUCACGCUUCUUGAAUGUGAUACUAAUCAGGAGGAGGCGUGUCCGGGUGUGUGGGGCUGGGUGUGCGCGGCAUGCUGGUGCGCGGGGUGCGCGGCGCUGUGCGCGCAGCCGCUGCUGCUGCAGGCCGAGCUGGCGGGUCGCCCACAGAACGCACCCACUGUUGGUCUGCUUGCUGGCGUGGGUACACUAUCCUGGCUGACAGCUCGCCUCUGGGGCGGCGCGCCGCUGCAGCUGGGCACGGCGGCACAACUAGUCUGCGCAGCCGGAUGUAUCCUGCUCGUCAUACUCUGCUUCUCCUUGGCCAUCUGCACAGCUUUGAGACUGAGGUCUAUUACACAUAAGGUUCAAGUUGAACGCAUCAAGUACCUUAAAGAUCGGAGGAAACUAGUACGUCAUACGUUAGUCCUGCUACUAACAACCACGGCAGUCCAAGCUGCGGGGGUAGCAUACGCGCAGCCUGGUGACCGACAAAUGAUCCAUGUCUUUGUGCUGUCUGCUGCUGCUAUUGCCAAUGGUAUAGCCAUGGUGAUAUGUUAUGUGAUCUACGACGACGAGUGCAUGUCGCUGGCUCGUCGCGCCUUCUCCCUGACUCCGUCACGUGACUGGGAAGACUCUCCCGUCGGUGACACUUCUUUGAGCUUGUAUAUUAAACAGGGUGUAGAGGUGGACAGUAGAGGCGGAGUCGAUAUUCUGGAAACUUCCUCACAACAUCUGUCGCCUAUGGAGUCAUACUGGAGAGCUCCAGACCUUGGCAGCACUGAUAGGAUGCACAGGAGGCAGUCAGAACCAGAUACCAGAGCCGAUAUAGUCCGGUGCGUCGAAUACGCCGAACGUGCCUCCAGAGGACGUCCGCAUCUGCAGACUACCACCACGCGAGUAGUCUGCGACCUCGUCCCCCGCGCCCUGCCCGUCUCGCCCCCGCGGCCCCCUCGGGUCCUUGACCCCCCAAAGGUCUCCAUAACGCAACCAUCUCCAGCCCUCCAUGACUCAUGCUCAGUGUGCUCAAGAUCCAAUCCAGAUGUAUCCAUUCCGGAACCAAAAAAGAGUAGUUUAAAGAAAUUCUGUCUCGUAGAAUAUUCUUCAACUGUGUCACUUCCUUCUAUGGAGGUGAAAGAAGAUAAGAGCUUAGACAUAGAGAAGGUGAACGAAGAGUGGAACAGAGCGUAUAAUUCACCAGAUACAGAAGUAGUGUUGAAUAAAAUAUCUAGUGAUUUAGACUUUUUGCUAAAUAGGACUGUUGAUGCUAAAAGUGAUUUAGAUGUAAUUGAGAAAGCUCCAACUUAGUAGGUUUUUGUUUUACUUAUGUUUUGUACAUAAUACCUAAUAUUAUAUUUCGGGUUAGUGAAAAUGGUCAAGAAUCAAGAAUUAAUUACGUUAUGUACUACUAUUAAGUAAUGUAAGGUUAUUGGUGAUCAUUGCAAUCAUUUAUUUAAUACAAAAUAAGUAAAUUAAUGUAGCUAGAACAAAUACUUUGAAUCCAAAUAAGAGGGACAUAUUAAUAAUGACCGUUAACUAUAAUAAAUGGUGACAUUUUAUCAGUGAACAGGUCAAUGUUCCAUAGAUUGAAAACAACUUU